GGGGGGGGGGCGGGAGCGGCGCGGGAUGUCGGCGGUGCUGGGAGCCGAGCGGCCGCAGGUGGUGUCGCACGUCCAGCAGGCGCUGAGCUACACCGUGUUCGAUUGCAAGUGGGUGCCCCGCAGCGCCCGCCUGCUGUGCCUGGGCAGCGCCGCCCGCGGCACCGGCGUCCUCCAGCUGUACGAGCUGCACGGAGCCCGUCUGGAGCUGCUGCGGGAGAUCGAAAAGCCCAAACCUAUAAAAUGUGGAACUUUUGGUGCUACAUCUCUGCAGCAAAGAUACUUAGCUACAGGAGAUUUCGAUGGAAACCUUAACAUAUGGAAUUUAGAAGCUCCUGAAAUACCAGUGUAUUCUGUGAAAGGUCAUAAGGAAAUCAUAAACAGUAUAGAUGGUGUAGGUGGCUUAGGAAUUGGGGAAGGUGCACCAGAAAUUGUGACUGGCAGUCGAGAUGGAACUGUGAAGGUGUGGGACCCAAGGCAGAAUGACACUCCUGUGGCUAGUAUGGAACCUGUACAGGGGGAGAGCAAGAGAGACUGCUGGACUGUGGCAUUUGGCAAUGCUUACAAUCAAGAGGAACGUGUUGUAUGUGCCGGAUAUGACAAUGGGGACAUUAAAUUGUUUGACUUAAAAACCAUGUCACUACGAUGGGAGACCAACAUUAAGAAUGGGGUUUGCAGUGUGGAGUUUGACAGAAAAGAUAUAAAUAUGAAUAAGCUGGUGGCCACAUCGCUUGAGGGAAAAUUCCAUGUUUUUGAUAUGAGAACUCAGCAUCCAACCAAAGGUUUUGCUUCUGUUUCAGAGAAGGCACAAAAAUCAACCAUUUGGCAGGUUCGGCACCUGCCACAGAACAGAGAUAUAUUUAUGACAAGUGGAGGAUCUGGGAGCCUUCAUCUCUGGAAAUAUGAGUACCCAGCCCAGCGCUCGAAGAAGGAUUCGGAAGGAUCUGAGAUGGGGGUGGCAGGGUCUCUUAGUCUCUUGCAAAAUGUGACUCUGUCAACACAGCCCAUCUCUAGCCUGGACUGGAGCCCUGACAAGAAGGGACUUUGUGUCUGUGGGUCUUUUGACCAAACUGUGAGGGUGCUGAUAGUUACAAAGCUUAACAAAAUUUGACAAGAAAACUAGAAUUUCUGAUGAGAAAGCAAUAUAGUUUGCAGUCUGUAAAUAUGGGAGGGGGAGCCCUUCUAUUUCUAAUUUAAUUUCUUUAAUAAAACUGGAUUAAAGAAAUAGAAGCCAGAUUUUUCUAUUGAAAGUUCAGAUACGUGCAAUCAGAGUUGUUUGGCUGAUUGUGCUGUGAUGACUUGAAGUUGCCUGGGCACAAAAUUUAACCUUGUAGAAAUGUGAAUUUACACUGAAAAUAAAAUGUGCCUUUGUGUUAA